GCGGGGCAGGGCGGGGCUAUGGAGAGGAGGAGGAAGAUGGCGGGCGGGCGGCUCUGAGGGGAUCUCGGCGGCGGCGGAGGAGGAGAGAAGCGCAGCGCCGCGACGCGCCUGGGCCCAUGUGGGGAGGAGUCGGAGUCGCUGUUGCCGCCGCCGCCGCUGCCUGUAGCUGCUGGACCCGAGUGGGAGUGAGAGGGAAGCGGCAGGAUGAAGUUCGCCGAGCACCUAUCCGCGCACAUCACUCCCGAGUGGAGGAAGCAAUACAUCCAGUAUGAGGCUUUCAAGGAUAUGCUGUAUUCAGCUCAGGACCAAGCACCUUCUGUAGAAGUUACGGAUGAGGACACAGUAAAGAGGUAUUUUGCCAAGUUUGAAGAAAAAUUUUUCCAAACCUGUGAAAAGGAACUUGCCAAAAUCAACACAUUUUAUUCAGAGAAGCUUGCAGAGGCUCAGCGCAGGUUUGCUACACUUCAGAAUGAGCUUCAGUCAUCGCUGGACGCGCAGAAAGAAAGCACUGGUGUUACCACGCUGCGACAACGCAGAAAGCCGGUCUUCCACUUGUCCCACGAGGAACGUGUCCAACAUAGGAACAUUAAAGACCUUAAACUGGCCUUCAGCGAGUUCUACCUCAGUCUUAUCCUGCUGCAGAACUAUCAGAAUCUGAAUUUUACAGGGUUUCGCAAAAUCCUUAAGAAGCAUGACAAGAUCCUGGAAACAUCUCGUGGAGCAGAUUGGCGAGUGGCUCAUGUGGAAGUGGCCCCAUUUUAUACAUGCAAGAAAAUCAACCAGCUCAUCUCUGAAACUGAGGCUGUAGUGACCAAUGAACUUGAAGAUGGUGACAGACAAAAGGCUAUGAAGCGUUUACGUGUCCCCCCUUUGGGAGCUGCUCAGCCUGCACCAGCAUGGACUACUUUUAGAGUUGGCCUAUUUUGUGGAAUAUUCAUUGUACUGAACAUCACCCUUGUGCUUGCCGCUGUAUUUAAAUUUGAAGAAACUAGAAUUAUAUGGCCCUUGAUAAGAAUCUAUCGGGGUGGCUUUCUUCUGAUUGAAUUCCUUUUUCUAUUGGGCAUCAAUACGUAUGGUUGGAGACAGGCUGGAGUAAAUCAUGUGCUCAUCUUUGAACUUAAUCCGAGAAGCAAUUUGUCUCAUCAGCAUCUCUUUGAGAUUGCUGGAUUCCUCGGGAUAUUGUGGUGCCUGAGCCUUCUGGCAUGCUUUUUUGCUCCAAUUAGUGUCAUACCCACAUAUGUGUAUCCACUUGCCCUUUAUGGAUUUAUGGUUUUCUUUCUUAUCAACCCCACCAAAACUUUCUAUUAUAAAUCCCGGUUUUGGCUGCUUAAACUGCUGUUUCGAGUAUUUACAGCCCCCUUCCAUAAGGUAGGCUUUGCUGAUUUCUGGCUGGCUGAUCAGCUGAACAGCCUGUCAGUGAUACUGAUGGACCUGGAAUAUAUGAUCUGCUUCUACAGUUUGGAACUCAAAUGGGAUGAAAAUAAGGGCCUGUUGCCAAAUGAUUUAGAAGAAGAACCAGGAAUUUGCUACAAGUACACAUAUGGUGUGCGGGCCAUUGUUCAGUGCAUUCCUGCUUGGCUUCGCUUCAUCCAGUGCCUGCGCAGAUACCGAGACACAAAAAGGGCCUUUCCUCAUUUAGUUAAUGCGGGCAAAUACUCCACAACUUUCUUCACAGUGACAUUCGCAGCCCUUUACUACACUCACAAAGAACGAGGCCACUCAGACACCAUCGUGUUCUUUUACCUGUGGAUCAUCUUUUGUGUCAUCAGUUCCUGCUAUACCCUCAUUUGGGAUCUGAAAAUGGACUGGGGUCUGUUUGAUAAGAAUGCUGGAGAAAACACUUUCCUCCGGGAAGAGAUUGUAUACCCACAAAAAGCUUACUACUACUGUGCCAUAAUAGAGGAUGUGAUACUGCGCUUUGCUUGGACUAUCCAAAUCUCCAUUACCACUACAACUUCGAUGGCUCAUUCUGGGGAUAUCAUUGGUACUGUCCUUGCUCCCCUUGAGGUUUUCCGGCGAUUUGUGUGGAACUUCUUUCGCCUGGAAAAUGAACAUCUGAAUAACUGUGGUGAAUUCCGUGCUGUGCGGGACAUCUCUGUGGCCCCUCUGAAUGCAGAUGAUCAGACACUCCUAGAGCAGAUGAUGGACCAGGAAGAUGGGGUACGAAAUCGCCAGAAAAAUCGAUCAUGGAAAUACAGCCAGACCAUAUCCCUGCGCCGGCCUCGCCUCGCUUCUCAAUCCAAGGCUCGCGACACUAAGGUAUUGAUAGAAGAUACAGAUGACGAAGCUAACACUUGAAUUCUCUGAAGUCUAAAUUAACAUCAUUGGUUUUCCUACUCUACAGUUCUGUUCUUGACCAACGCAACCUCUAGUACCUUUCCAGCUGAAAACAGGAGAAAACACGUAACACAUUUUCCGAGCUCUUCCAGAUCGGAUCCUAUGGACUCCAAACAAGCUCACUGUGUUUCUUUUCUUUUCUUCUGGUUUAAUUUUAAUUUUCUAUUUUUAAAACAAUAUUUACUUCAUUUUGCCAAUCAGAGGAUGUUUUAAGGAACAAAAACAUAGUAUCUUACGGAUUGUUUACAAUCACAAGGACACAGAUACCUAUCAGGAUGAAGAACAGGCAUUGCAGGGACCCUGUGAUGGGAUGGUUCCGAGACUGCUUGGUUUCUGCUGGGCCCGGUUUUGACUGGUUGAAACCGGACAUUGGUUUUUAAAUUUUUUGUCAGUUUAUGUGGAGAAUUUUUUCCUUUCCUUCAUAUCCAGCGCAAAGGCACUGGCUGCACUUGCAGGAAAAGUGCAACUUAGAGCAGUACCUUCAUUCAUGAAGCUACUUUUUAAUUUGAUGUAACUUUUCUUAUUUUAGGGGGGUGGCUGGGUGGGUGGGGAAUAUGAUGUAUUUGUUACAUAUAGUUUUCUCAUUAUUUAUGAAACUUAACCAUAAGAGAAUGAUAUAAUUCCUGUGCAAUGAAGGUGGUAUCAGUGAAAGAAGACAGGGGAAACU